AUGAUAGAAAGGGGCUACAGCUCACCGAGGGGUGUGGGUUAUGAAAUCUAUUCAGACGGCAGUAGAAGACAAAUAACAAAUUCGGAUACAGGGUUGACCGAGGAUAGAGUGGGCUGUGGUUUCUUGGUGAAGCUUAAUAACAACACCAUUUAUCAACACUGUGCUAGACUUAAUAACGAUGCAAGUGUUUACCCCGCCAAACUCGCUGCCAUCAAACUUGCAAUCACAUGGGCAAACGCUGAAAAUAUUAAUGCAUUUAAUUUAUUCUCUGAUUCUAAAUCCUCGCUGCAGUCGCUAGAAAACCCAAAUCAGAAUGACCCACUUGUGGAAGAAAUUAAGAACAUGGUCAAAUAUAAAACAUGCUGUCUCAACUGGGUAAAGGCACCUUCUGGGGACAUUGGCAACGAGGAAGCUGAUGCACUUGCCAAACAAGGCACUCUUCUUGGCGGGGUUGAUCACUAUUAUCCUCUUUCAAAACCACAAAUCAAUUACAGACUGAGGCAGGUAAGCAACGCAAUUUGGCAGGACAGGUGGUCAACCACAACAAAUGGGAGACAUACCUAUAUCUUCUACCCAAUGGUCAAGGAGAAUAGACUCUCCAGCGAUUUCUUUCUUAAUCAAUUUCUCACGGGCCACGGAGUUUUCGGCGAGCAUCAAGCUAGGCUAUUCCAAGCUACAGCCAGCUGUAAAUACUGUGGAAAAUAUCAAUCUCUUAAACACCUAAUCGCCGAAUGUGACAAAUUCCGGACACUCCGAGGAAAUCUCUUUCGUAAUAUGAACGACUUGACUCUUUGGUUCCGAUCUAAAGCACAAAAAUAUGCUAUCACUGAGAUUAUUAAACGUACCCUGGUAGAUAUAAUGACACCAGACGAUCUCAUGGACCCUCUUCAUAUGAAUCAAAUUUAG